CUUUCACAGCAGCAAUUAGCAAUACAAAAACUAAAAAGAUGGAAGAUUAUCUUAUUUUUAUCAAAACGUUGGUAAUUUCUUUGGUUUCUGUAAUUCUCGUUUCUGUUCUGAGAGUUGUUCAUGUCUAUUGGUUUAGACCCAAGAGCUUGGAGAAGCAGUUGAGAAAGCAAGGGAUCAGAGGCAAAACUUACAGGCUUUUCCAGGAUGACAUGAAAGAGAUCAGCAUGUCCAGCAAGGAAGCAUGCGCCAAACCCAUGUCCCUCAACCACCAGAUUGCUCCACGUAUCUUCCCAUUUUUUCAUCAAAUGGUGCAGAAUUAUGGAAAAGUGAGUUUGGGGUGGAUUGAAACAAGGCCAAGGCUGAUUAUAGCUGACCCAGAGCUGAUCAAGUUGAUAUUAGCCGAAAAGAAUGGGCAGAUUACAAAGCCACCACUGAACCCACUUGUCAAUCUUCUACAAAUGGGCAUCUCAACCUUGGAAGGAGAGCAAUGGGCCAAACGCAGAAGGCUCAUCAAACCUGCUUUCCACCUUGAGAAAUUAAAGGGAAUGGUACCUGCAUUUGUAACCUGUUGUUUUGGUCUGAUCAAUCGGUGGGAAAGUUUAGUUGGACAUGAAGGAAGAUGUGAACUAGAUGUAGCUCCUGAAUUUCAAAACCUUGCUGGUGAUGUUAUAGCUAGAACAGCCUUUGGAAGCAACUACGAAGAGGGGAAGAAAAUAUUUGAGCUUCAAAAAAAGCAAGCUGUUCUAGUGCUUGAAGCCUACUAUGAUUUCUAUUUUCCAGGCAAAAGAUUCAUACCCACUAAAAAGAACAGGAUGAGGUACAACUUGGAUAACGAAAUCAAAGCAAUAUUAAGGGGUAUGAUCAGCAAGAAAGAGCAAGCAGCCAUGGAAAAUGGUGAAGAGGGUGCAAAUGAUUUGCUGGGCUUACUAUUACAAUGCAAAGAACAAGAGCAAACAAGCAUGACAAUUGAGGAUGUCAUAGAGGAGUGCAAGCUAUUCUACUUUGCUGGCCAAGAAACCACAGCCAACUGGCUGACUUGGGCUAUGAUUGUCUUAUCUAUGCAUCCAGACUGGCAAGAAAAAGCAAGAGAAGAAGUCCUACGUGUGUGUGGAAAGAACACACCUGAUUUAGAUGCUCUAAAUCACCUUAAGAUUGUGUCGAUGAUACUAAAGGAAGUUCUAAGGUUAUAUUCACCUGUGUCUGCUCUAUACAGGCACACCCAAAUCAAAACCAAUGUUGGAGGCAUUUCCAUCCCAGCUGGGGUUGAAUUUGUGCUGCUGACUAUGUUUCUUCACCAUGAUAAAAAAUGUUGGGGUGAAGACGUUGAGGAGUUCAACCCCGAGAGAUUUGCUGAAGGAGUUGUAAAGGAACCAAAGGAUCAAGUUGUAUUCUACCCAUUUGGUUGGGGCCCUAGAAUAUGCAUAGGGCAAACUUUUGCUGUGAUAGAAGCAAAGAUGGCUCUAGCUAUGAUUCUUCAGCAUUUUUCUUUUGAGCUCUCACCUUCUUACACUCAUGCUCCUGUUAUGGGCAUUACCCUUCAGCCACAACAUGGAGCCACAGUUACACUUCACAGAAUUUAAGAUGCUGAAACUGGUUCCCUAUAAAUAAGACUUCCUUACGUAAAUUACAAGGUUGGAUCCUUCAUGUAAAUGUGAUUUUUCACAUGCUUCAAUAUAGUUUUACCUAAAUAACAAUGGCAGCAUGCAGGGAUUGGUUCAAA